AUGAGAAAAUCAAUUUCGCACUUUAAAUUUCUUCUCCUUCGCACUUUAAUGUGGAACAAUGUGGUGCGCUUCGUGUACAUAGCCAUAUGCUUAAGCGGCCUCCAGGACUCUGCCCGGCUUCCCCUUCCGCCCCAUUUGGCCACGGGAGGCUGCUGGCAAUUUUUGACAAACGUAGCGUUAUUUUUCACCUGUAUAGCUGUGGGCAGUCGAAUAGCCAUCGACGUUGCCAACAAAAAACUAUGGUAUUAUGACCAAUUGGACUCCAUGGUUACGGUGGCGAUGCUUGCGUGUGCACACUUGGAGUUUGUGGUGACGGUAGCUUACUGGGUGAUGUUGUGGGUGUUCCCGUACCUGCUCAACGUGGACUCGUUUGAAGUGUCAUUGUUACUUGAUCUCAAAAUCCACCUUUUUCCCUAUAUAUUCUUGACUAUAGACGCUAGCUGGAACCGGUACCGGAGCCGACGCCACUCGAUUGUGGUGGCAGAGGCGGUGUUGGUGGUUUAUUGGGCGGUUAUCGAGGCCCAUAUGUGGUGGUGUCGCGGCGAUGGAGUGACGAAAUUUCCUUAUCCAUUUUUGAGCAAUGCCAGUAUGGGAAAACGACUGGUGUUGUUGGUUUUGUUUGGGUCGUUGGCAGCAGCAGACUACUUUGCAAAGAAGACAUUUAGGCGGCGCUAG